GCAAAAAAUCAUAUGAUAAAUGGAAUCUCAAGAAGGUCUCCAGUGAGAUUUACAAUAAUGAGUUUAACUUUAUUGAUAGUAUGAAUAAUUUUAAAGUCAAGGAACUUCUAAAGUUGACUUUCCCGUUUAGUAAAGAAGAAUUGAAACGCUUCAUUGACAACAUUUUAGAAAAGUUGUUAGAAUACAGGUUUUUGGAUUAUGCAGUUAUGAUACGGAAAAUCCUUAUCUUAGUGAAUAAAGCUAAAUUUUUUGAAAUCAAAAAAGCCAUUGCUCAAAAUCUCGUACAAAUUUAUAGUGCAGUUGAGGUAAGGUUUUUAGCUAAUGAGACUUUAUAUCAAUCCUUUUUUAUGAUAAGUAUGGGACUAAUGGAAGUUUAUCUUUCAGAAUUUAUUAGUGGUAUGUUAGAAUUACUAAAAGCUGAAAUAACUGAAGAAUAUGUUUGUGAAUUUAGAAAUAAUAAUAUGAAGAGCUCAAAAAAAGUGGUUGAUUAUAUCGUGAGAAUUCUACAGACCAGACUCAAGCCUAGACCCAAAGAGCUUGCUAAAACACGGUUGGAGCAGCAAGAAGAAAGAAAAGGUCAAUCAUGGCUAAUAGGAUUCAUAACUUACAUGAAUAUAUUCGAUGAAAUCCUUGACUUGCGGAAGCGCGAAGAAAAAUUAGAACCAGAAUGA